AUGCAGAUGGGUACCGACGCCCUGCGCCAGCGCAAGGCAUCGAUACGCCUUGUUGCCGUGCUGAUUGGCUUGUGCAGCUCAAUCGGCGGGGUGCAGUCGGAUGGCACAUCCGUAAUCCGGGACCGCAACCUAGUCGAGGCGCCGACAUCCAGCUUUCCUUACGCCAAAUGUGACACAUACGACUGCAGCUGCGCCCCCUUCAAGCUGAGUUACGGGGGACUGACUCGGGUUGGAAGUGCCAACCGCUACUGCUUGAACAUCACCGAUGCCGGUUGUGACCCCAGCCUGCCUUGCUGCCAAGCGCUGACCCAACGUGUGGACCAGAUUACUCUAUCCGUCGGUUCCAGCUGUGUCAAGCCGGCAGUGCGGCAGGUGGAGAUCCUGGGUACAGUGUGGUCUAGCUGGGAAACCAGGACGUGGACAGUCACGACAGCCCAAGCACUGGAUUGGCCGCCAUCCAUGAGUGGGUGUGCUUUUCGCACCUCCGCGAUGAACUGCACGCUGGCAGGGCUUCAACCGACCCUAAUACCCCGUUAUGGCAGCCUGGUGGUAGUGGUGGUGGUGGUGGUGGUGGUGGCGGUGGUGGUGGUGGUGGUGGUGGUGGCGGUGGUGGUGGUGGUGGCGGUGGUGGUGGUGGCGGUGGUGGUGGCGGUGGUGGUGGUGGUGGCGGUGGUGUCGCUGAGAGGACUCGGCAACCCCCAUCCAUAA